CUGUGAACCGUUCCGCCGUUGUGAGCCGACUGGUCAAAGGCUGACGAUAGAGCCCUCUCACAUACAGAUCUCUGAAGGGACCAGUCAGAAUGCCGAUUUUCGACGCUAUGAGACAACUCAGUGCGUAUUUCAAGCCGCAUGCUGACACUCUCGAUUCGGGGCCCGGUUGCAGCCCCGCCCCUCUCCAGACGAGCGCCAUCUACGCCCGGGAUCGACCUUCCGCACCCAAACGGCAAAAACUCGACGCCCGCCCCGUAGCCGUGGAUGAGCAAGUCGAAGACAAUGAGCAGGAUGCAGCGCCAAUGGCAGACCGCCGUGGCAGCCAGUCGAGCUUUGCUCACUCAGUAUCUCCUGGACUCCAUGAAUUUCAGACUGUGGAGGCAUCCACUAAGGGAAUGGGACGUUCCAACAGGCGCCGACGCCAACCGCAGGCCAAUCGUCCUCCGGUGAUGCACCAUGGCAGUCGGGGUGCAGUGCCUCGUGCUGCAAUCGAAUCGAUCGACAGUUUUGAUGAGCUUGCACCGGUACCGGCAUCCUCAACCCACCAGCAACGGAAGGCUCGUCUGCAGUACACCAUCGAGUCCAGGUCCGGUGCUCUCCCCAGGGACGGUGUCGAUCUGGGGAUCUUAAAAAAAGCUCAGCCGGCUCGACCCUCCGGGCUACCCAAGCGAAGGAAGCGUACAAGCUAUGAGGUUAUUGUUGAUGAUCCGGACGAGCUGGUGGAAGAUCCCUGCGGUGGAGGAGCCUCCCGAGCUGGUGCCGGACCAGCGACCGAAGACUCGCCGAAGCGUGACCCUCCAAGUCUGUCUCGAAGAGGGGAUCUGAAGCCGACCAAGUGGAAGAGCAACUCAGGCGGCAUCAUGGCUGCUGGCGGCGUCAGUGUGGCAGCAGCUGUGUGCCAACCCAAUCUCCGAUAUAUGCCCAACGACAGGCAAAGCUCAUGCUUCUUACAGCCAACCGAUACCUCUGAGCUACGUGCUUUUGGGGACGACGGAAACAAGGCUCAACCGUAUGAGUGGCUCAAAAUCACAGCAAAAGCAAAAAGCUUGGCCUACAAUCCGGAGUCGGAACUUGUCAAAGUCACCCAGGCAUCAGACCAAGCUUCACCCAUCUCCAUUGGGAGCAUGUUGUUUCUUAAGCUCCGCAGUAGCGCCGAGGCGUCGGAGGUCGUCAACUGGGCCCGCGAUAUUCUGAACAUACGAGUCGAUAAGAGUGAGAGGGGGAAGCUGGACCUUAUGUGGGAUAAGAUGAGCAAUGAGAUAACCCGAGCUCGCAAUCGGGCUGAACAACGGUGUCUGUCAGAUGCAGAAAUUGCCAGGCGCCCCGAGAGGAUCGCGGAUUCGGCAAUGGCAGAUGUUGCGCUGCCUGACAAAGCGCCAACCAUUUCCCGGACCCCCAUUCGACACCGGAUGCAAGUCUCAGCACAGCUGCAGACCCCUUUUCCCCCUCGUACCGGAUCCCCCACUGACGCGGUUCCUUCCGGGUCACGCUCCUUGAGAACGAGGCAAACCGCUCAUCUAGUGCCGAGGUCUCCGACGCCCAUCGUGCAUGUCAUCAGUCGCUGGUCCGAAGAGAACCGAGAUUGGGCAAAGGACUGGACAGCGCCCUUGAUCAUCGAACGUACCACGGUGGACAAGGAAGACAUCCCAAGACUAGACGAGGGCCAAUGCUUGAAUGACAAUCUCAUCGGAUACGGUCUUCAAUACCUCUUCAACCGAUUUAAAGGGAGGCAUCCGGACCUGCACAAGCGGGUUUAUCUCCACAACUCCUUCUUUUACGAGAAACUCAAGGCUGGUCGGGGUACCAUCAACUACGACGGCGUCAAGAGCUGGACGGCAAAGGUGGAUUUGCUGUCCUACGACUACAUCGUCGUCCCCGUUAACGAACAUUACCACUGGUGGGUCGCGAUCAUCUGCAACCCAGGCAAGCUGGAUCCGGACUUGAGAAGACUUUCGGGUAGAGCCGAGAGCCCGGGCAAAGAGGUCAAAGCUGAUGGAGCAUCAUCGGACGUGGAAAUGGAGGGCGUGACUGAACAGAAGUCCGAUCAAUCGCGGAGCUCGAUUCCCUCGCACAAUCCAUGUGUCGGCGCAUGCGACCUCGUCGACUUGGUGUCUGACGAUAAGAACGUCAGCAUAGACCUAACUUCGAGACCGAAGGCCAAACUGACGGGAAAGUUAAAGUCUGGAGCGAGAACAUACAACCCAGAGGACCCGAGAAUCAUCACGCUCGACUCUCUGGGCUCCACCCAUCCUCAGGCCAUCAACCUCCUCAAGAAGUAUCUUGUUGCGGAGUUUGAGCAUAAGCGCAACAAAGUCAUCACAGAUCUGCCCCCGCAGCUAGGGAUGAGGGCGAUCAACAUUCCUGUGCAAAACAACCUUUGCGACUGCGGCGUCUACCUUCUCGGGUACAUCAAACAAUUUGUUGAACAGCCAGAUUUGUUUAUUCAGACUUUGCUCCGAAAAGAAAUCCCGGAAUGGGAUUUCAAUCCGUCACAUUUGCGUGAGCUUUGGCGCGACACGAUCUUUGGGGAGAAAGCGCGCCAGAAAAACCAUAGAGCCUCGUCUGCGAAACGUACGCCGAAAGGGAGCACAGAGACGAGUCGUGAUCCUUCACGAGAAACCAGUGAGACUGUCAAUGCAUCAAACGGCAAGCGCGGGACUCGGAUAGAUUCCACAGAACAAGCAACCUCAGCCGAGACCACCGGCACUUCUGCAAAUCGAGAUUCCCUCAAGGCGGAUACUACCACUGCCGACCGCGCUUGCUAUGACCCAAGCCCAAAUGACAAGGAACAGCCUCAACUUUCAUCAUCGAGUUCUACCCACCGCCCCCCACAGCAGCCCUUCCAGCAGAACAGCCACGAUGAAGUCGUGGUCUUGGCUCCUCCUCAGGAUGAUGACAACGUCCUGCCGUCGAUAGAGACGCCGGACGUGGAGGAGCUUCCCAGGCCGCCAGCGAAGUAUCAGAACGAUGAGCCGAGAUUCAUACGUCCACUCGCCUCCUCGUCAACAGGCAUGCCAGAAGACGAUGACACUGUCAGGGAAGUCGGCCCCGCCUCCUUCUACUCGUCCACGAAACCAAGGCGCAGACCCAACAGGGGUUCUCUGUCCUCCCCAGCGGCGGGCCAGCGCCCAAGGAUGGCCGGGACCCGGCCAAUGGCGGCGGUGCAUACCAAAAGCCGUUUUGUCGUGGACGACGGCAGCAGUCCGGGGUUCGAGCCGGUCGUGGAAAGCGCGGAGAUGGUGCGGAAUUCGGACCCGAUCGAUCUGACUUGAUCGCAACCGAGUCGACUGUAACAACAGAAAGAGAGUUUCAGUACUCCGCUGGUUUUAUGCUCGAUCAA